GUAGCUCAAUGGACUUCUUUUGAAAGGCGGGCCUAAGUUGAUCGAUACGGCAGUGGAGGACACUAAUCAAUUUAUCGUGUUUGUAUUUGCUUCUUUUAAUGGGAAAGCACAGACAAUGAAGUGACAAAAAUUGUAUUUCUGUACAUGGCAUCAUCAAUCAGAGCCCAAUCCACACCAGAGAUCGUCCAGCAUGAAUUCAAAAUCUAAAAAAGGCAAACCCGACCGAGCGACUGCCAACCGGCCAAACAGCUACAAAGGAAAUAGGCAAGGACAAACACAGAACUAUAUUAAGACACAGAGCAGAGAUUUUGCAAAGCCACAAGAUUCAUCUGCACAUGAUUAUAGCAAUAGUUAUGUUGGAGAUUCAAUAUUGCAUUUGGUGGGCUGUUCUGUGCAUGUUCAAACUGUGGAUGGGCAGAUUUAUGAUGGGAUUUUGGAGUCAGUUUCACCAAAAUUUACGUUUUGUUUGAGAAAUGCACAUCUUUUGGCAAAUGCCAACCAGAGUAAGGAAUAUAAUAUUAAUCCAACCAAAGGAGAUCUAUCAGAUGUUAGUUUUGAACUUAGAAAUGUUCUUUGCAUAAAAUGCAAGAAUGUGGAUUGGGAUUAUGCAAGAAAAGACACUUUUCUCACGGAUGGUAUGAUAUCGGGUGUUAAUGGACCCUCUUCUACAGAGAGGGAGCUGGAGCCAUGGCAAGACUGGAAAGACGACUCUUUGGCGCUUGGAGAACUAGAAAGAGCUGUUAAUUUGGUGAGACCUAGCAAUGGUGGUGAUUCUUACUCUGAUCUGAAGAGAGCCAACGAAGAAAAGUUCAAUUAUAAAUCAUCAUUUAGUGAAGCUUCUCUUGGGCUAUACAUGGAUGAAAUCGAGACACACGAUCAAGAGGUUUAUAAGAUGCGAAGCCUUGAGGCUGAACAAAUUGCGCGGGAAAUAGCAGGCGAUGAUACGCAUGUUCACCAUGACAAGCUAGAUAGUGGGGCCUCUGAGGAGGAUAAAUUUAGCUCUGUGAGACGGUCCUUGCCGAACUCAGGACCGCUUCCCGGAAGAGGCUCGAACAUGCAAGGUCGCAGUCGAGGAAGGUCACGAGGAUCUGGUUUUCAGGGCUUCAAGGAUGAUGCAAGUGAACCGUCAGAUAGUCAGGCGGAUGGAAAAUUGCGCAGAAACAGCAGCGGAGGUACGAGAAGGCAUGAGACAGAUGAAGGCACAGGGUCCCAUAAACUUUAUUCACAACUUUUUAAAGCCUCACCUGCUCAAGAUCCGUCAAACCACGGGCGCUUUGUGGCUCCCUCGCAGCAGCCACAACCACAGCAGCACAUGUCGUACCAGCAGGCAGCUAGUCAGCAGCAUAGCCAGUCCUCUCAGAGCGAACAUCACAAUUCGCAGUAUAUGCAACAACAGAGACCAACAGAUGGUCAUCAUCAGCCGAACUUUCCUCCUCGAAUGCUUCAGCAGCAAGCAGGCAACCCUCGGCAACAAAUGGCACCAAAGCAGCCUGUUGCGACCCAAGGAAGUCAAAAUCUUCCUUCAUCCCCGAAAGCAGAACAAAAGAUUGUAACAGAAGUGGAUGGAGAACCUAAAGAUAAGGAAACUGUUUCGAGUGCACAUGCUGCAGGCAUUGAAAAAGUGUCUUCUCAGUCGCUCGUAGAUUCAAGACCUUUGACAAAGGAAGCCAUGAAGUUGUCAUCAGAAAUCCCAAAGAGCAAGAAGCACGAAAGAGAGCAUCCGCUGCAGAAGUUUGGAAAGGUGUAUGCAGCUACACAUGACAACACGCCGCGUCCUUUAUUGAGUAAUUUGAAAUCGUUCAGGGAAGUUAAGAUUGCGGGGGUUCCCCAGAAGCGGCCUAAAAAACCAAGCGAAGCCCAGGCAAGCGAGGCACGUGAGCAUAGAGAAACGGACCAGGAAAAGAUGGUAAUACCCGUGAGUCCAGACUUCUCAACAAAACCAGAGACUGCAAUAGUUGAUGCAGAACAGGCUCCUAAGAUGGAAAAUCUGCAAAUUGAAGAGGAAAAAGCUGAAGGAAAGGAAAAUGUAACAGAGAACGUUGAGGGUUCUGUUGAGAAAAAGGCGACAGAUUUUAGCGCAGCUCAAAUGGAGAGCCUUUCAGCCAAGGUUGCAGAGGAGACCAAGCUUGUAGGUGAUGAACCAAAAAAUGUUGAGUCGCGUCUGAAUCCAAAUGCCUCAGAUUUCGUUCCACGGGGAGCCACUGCAUCGUCUGCUGCCUCCCAGCCUUUUGCCCAAGGUGCUGCACCUGCCUCCGCAAACACAUACCAAGUGACCGCCACCAGCAUGCCGUCAGGGGCUCUGAGCAACAUUUCCGGCAACCGCAUACCCGUCAUCUAUCAACAAGGACCGAAUUCACGGUACAGAGCCAACCCUGCUUAUACUGGCUAUCCAGUGCAACCAGUGGUAGAGACAUCUAUAGCCUCUUCUGCACCCGUCUACCAAGGAGGCUAUGUGCAGCAGCAGCAAGGAGUCCAGCAACAGCAACAACAACAACAGCAGUACCCACAGUUUAUUUAUUUCAACCCGCAGACGUCUCAACCAGGUGCGAUGAUCCACGUGCAUUCCCAGCAGCAAACGAUGUUGAGGUAUCACGUUCCACAGCAGCAGAAUCAGGUUGGCCAUCCACAGAUCAUGCCUCCAGUGUUUCAAGAGAACACACCUGUUUACUUGGUUCCUGGGGGAAAUCUAAUAAUGCAGCAGCCGCAACAUCAGCAGCAGCCCCAAAUGCAUGCACAGGCAGUUUCAAUGAACCACCCAUCAAAUCCGUCAACCCCAUCACCCCAAGCGCCAGUGCACUUCUUGGUACAACAGCCUUCCCAGCAGUACCCGUCCAUUACUUCACCUUUGUCAUCGACGCCGCAAGGUACUCCUCUCUCCCAUGGUAUGCAAAGACCUCCAACUCCUUCGCAACACCAGAUUCAUCCGUCUGCCACCCCGCCGCUACAUAUAGGACAACAGCAGACAUAUAAUUAUGUGCCCAAUGCUGUUCAUAAUAUUCAAUCACAGCCAUUUCUAGCUCCUCAACGUUCCCACGGCCAUAUGCAAUCAUUUCAAGGGUAAAAAGCCAAAAGAACCUUUACAAGAGGUGGAGACAUGACUGCAACAAAAUCAAUAAAACAUGACUUCUUUCUGCAUUAUAUAGAAUAAAUUAUCUUUUUGAAUACUAUUGAUAAUGAAUUAUCAGUCAGUUCAUCUUUUAAUAUCAAUGUCUGGUUUUC